AUGAGUAAAUGCCUUUCCAUAUCAGAAGACUGGGUGAAAGAGAAAGUUAAAAUUUCCGGUGAAAAUCUAGAGGACAUAAAAACAUUGAUACUACAAGGAAAUUAUGAGGAAAAAAUCAGCUGCCUUGGGACUUCGUUAUUGCAUUUCUCAAGGUUAAAAAUUUUGGAUCUAUCGAGAAAUGUAUUGAAAUCGAUCAGAGGUAUCGAACACAUUAGAACUUUGGAAGUAUUAAACCUAUAUUACAAUUGUAUAGAAGAGAUAAAUGAACUUCAAGUUCUAUCUUUCAACCAGAAUAUUAGGGAUUUGGACCUCAGGCUAAAUCCAGUUUCGCGUGUAAACUCCGAUUACAGGCUUUAUCUCACCUACAUCCUUCCAAAACUGAAAACGCUUGAUUGUCGUAUGCUGAGAGAUGCGGAAAGGAAAGCAGCCAUUUCUUUCUUUGGAGUUGAUUCUACAGUUGAUAUCUGUCCUUUGUCCAUGUUAAGGAAACUUGAUGAUAUGAGGUCACCUAAAGCCAGUAAGGCGAGACUUGACUACAGUCCAAAUUUUUCUGAAAACACAGAUCGCCUACUAAAAUGUUACCAAAAUCAUAAUAAAUCUUCAUUAAAUAUAGAAAUAUGGCCAUGUGAUGGUGAUGCUACUUUAAAUAAUCCACUAGUUUAUGAUGUGGAGGCGUAUGAUUUAACAACUAGAUCGCAAGAUCCAUGGACAAAUAAUAUUUUACGUGCUGAUUCAAAGCCCAGAUUAUUGUUACCACCGCUUGAUCCUCCCAGAGGUAUUAAACAUGCCGAGUUCUACAAUUGUAAAGAGAGACUACAAACAGAAAUAGAAUUCACUGUACCCGGAAGAAAAGAUAAUGUUGAUGAAAAUGGACCGAUUAUUGACAAAAACGGCCAUCAAUCUCAUAAGGAAUCCGGUGAACGAUGUUUAUCCGUUGUCUCUUCAGAUGUUAAAUUAGGAAAUGGUCCACGUAUACCACCUAGAGGGAAACGUUUCACUCCAUCUUCUAUACUCUCUAAUUCCAAUAUAAAAAAAACUUCAGUGGAACAGGAUAAAAGUGAAUAUAUUUCUGAAAUCAGUAAACAUUCCAAUUCUUCAUGGACGAGAAAUGACUAUAUAGACAGUUAUUCAAUUGAAAAGAUGGAUAAUGCAUUUUUCCUCAUAAUGAAAAAUUUUAUUGAAGAAGCAGUUUCAGAAAGCUUUGCUCGUUAUAAAAUAAGUGAAUUAAAAAAUAAUUUAUCAAAAUAUUCUCCGACUAAUGGCGCAUUCGCUACUUUACCAUCUACAAUAUCUUCCACUAGUCGAAUUUAUUCAACCAUUGGUAAAUCACAAUCAAUUCCGCACAUAGAAGUAACAUCUAACGGUCAUACAAGAAACAUCAGUAAUCAUAGCAAUGAUGUUAACAAUUAUUACAUAGAUGAAAGUAAAAAUCAUACAUCCCAACAAGAGUUACUCAAUGGAAAUCAUAUAUUAAGCUUGGAACAGUCAAGAAGACCUCAAGAGAAAAAAAUAGACGUAAGUGAAUUCACACAAGAAGGAAAUGAAACAGAAAUCUUCAGAAGAGAUUACUGCCCAUCGACGACUAGAAAUAGUCCUAAAUUAGUUCAAGAUGACGACAUAAGAAAUAAAGAACUAGAAUGUGAAAAUUAUCGAUUGACAGCUGAAGUGGAACGAUUGAGAACACGUUUAAAAUUGUAUGAAGAACACGCAUCCGCUAUGAAUACAAAUAUUACGGCAUUUCAUCCAGUCAUGCCUUUAUCUCUGACUAAUUCACACGAAUCAACGGGCAGAAAUAUUGGUGUUAAUAUAAAUGCUGGGUCUACGAUGAAACGUACAGUGUCCAUUAUGUCAUCAAAUCCAAAUUUAACAACCAAUCCAAAGACAUCAGAUCCAGCUGAAUUCAAUACCAUAUAUUCAGAAUUUUAUAAAUUAAUAAGUGGGAACCGAGUUUUUCUGUGAACAUACACUUCUCCUAAAAACACUUCCGACCCGAAGCUAGUCAUAUAUGUAUGACAAGAAAUCUCCAGUAGUCAUCAUAUAUAUAUAUAUAUAUAUCACUAUUUCUCAACCAAUCAGAGCGUUUACAGAUAAUCAGUGAUUAAUUUAUUCUGCUCAAAACAACACCACAAAUUUCAACACACUGGGAUCAUAAAUGUAGUUUUCAUUGUAAAACUUUGUUAGCUGGAAGCUGAAGGCUAUUGGAAUAUUGCUAUUUGAAUAAUUUGUAAAUUACCUACACACUACUCACCUAAUUUUCCAUUAUUUCACCAGUGAAUAAUAUUUUGUUAUUAAAAAUUACUUGAAAAUUCGAAUAAGAUCCUCGUUAUAUCGUUAUUUCCCACUUAAACAUCAGUCAAAUAAGAGUGAGUUAAAUAGUAAAAAUGUGUUCACUAAUAACUGUAUUCGAGCAGUUAUUUUAGGAUUUUAGUCGGAAGCCGUUAUCCAUCGGGUUCAAGUGUGUCGCCUACUAAUCAAAGACAGUGAAAGAUUAUAUCAAAACAUUGCAAAUUGAUUGAAACUAGAGAUGUGCACCGUUAAAUCCCAGCUUACUGGUACUUCUAAAGAACGAUUUUGGCUGUCAUUCUUAUUAUCAUACAAAUGAACUAUUAAGAAAUCAACAAAACGUCUUCUACUUACAUAAAAACAUUUAUUUCUUCAAUUCACUUUGUUUAUUGACUUCGAUAACAUUUUGCUAACUGUUAUCUUUGUUUUUCAAAUGAAUUGUUUCUGUUAUCUUCGUAUCUACUUGUAAAUUCUGAUUGAAAAAGACACAGUUGAUGAAUACAUGAAUUAUUGUCAAUUUUUUCAUCAAUCUCUACAAUUAAAUGUUUGUGUUGAGAGAACAUAUUCAUUUGAAUUUCUUCGAUAUUAGUUUUAUUUUUCGUUGGUAUAGUACGAUGGUUAUAUAACAAUUUCUGUUCAAUUAAUUUGACUAGAUGUUUAAAAGCAUGAAAGCAAUUGCAUUCUACUCGGUCAGCAUUUUAAAUGUAUUCGCUUGUGUUUUUUUCAUCUAGAAUAUAGAUUUAAUCCUUGAGUUCAUACACGUAAAAAAAGAUGUAUAUGUGCUCGUUCAUCUUAACACUUCUUAACGCAUUUUCAAAAUUAAACGUUUUCAUGUUCAUGUGUGUAUAUUCUGUGUUAAAUAAAUGCAUGGAUAUAAGUUCAAGUGGACACAACUUUACAACUGUUGAUAAAAAACUAUGAAUAAUAAAGUUGCAUGACUACUUAUAUUAAAUGAGAAGCACUUUGCUAACAGUAAGACGGUAAACAAUGCACCUCAUCUAUUCUAAACAAUAAAGGCUUUUUGUAUUUCGAUUUCUAUUCAACUUUCGAAAGACAAUACCUUCAAGCGUUUUCUUUAGUAUCAGGAUGUAUUAGAUAAUUGUUUCCUCUCAGUUAACAACUCCACUGAAAAAGAUCAACCAAAUUUUUAAAUAUUAGACUGAAGCUCUCACCAAAACAUAAUACUUUUAAACGGAAUAAACCUGG